AUGCUGAGCACCAAGCCAAACAUCGAGCUCCUUCAGGCUGAGAUCGACGAGGACGACCAGAGCUUCUUCCGCCUGCGCGUUGGCAAAACAAUCAAAUACCUCACCAUCGAGCCCGGCCUCUAUAGCACAGAAGACAUGUGUUUCGGCCCCUCGCUGCUCUCCAUCCUACCAGCUUUCCCCCCAGGAGACUGGAACGAUGGGCUUAUCGCCAGAAACCCCGAAACCGGCCAGCCAUUCUUCGCACGCGCCAUGAACACAAAGCUCCCUUCUGUCAUGAACACAUGGCACAAUGUCUCCAUCGACUACGCGGACAUCGAGGUAGGCGAGAAGCUAAGGACAGGCGUGUACGAAGUAACAGUGGCAAGUCCGCUUUUCGAGACCGUUGUCGUCGCAAAAUUCGCCCGCUUCAGCUGGGAGAUCGCGUACCUGGACAACGAAACCAGGGCGUACCAAUGGAUCGACGGCCAUGACAUUGCCCCUCGCUUCCUCGGCCACCUUACAGAGGAUAACGGCGACGAUAAGCGGGUGAUUGGGUUCCUGAUGGAGCGCGUCACGGGUGCCCGGCAUGCAGGGGCACGGCCGGGUGAUGCUGCGGCGUGCCAGACGGCGCUGGGACGGCUGCAUCGGCUGGGCAUUCGACAUGGGGAUGUGAAUCGGUUUAAUUUCUUGGUUCAGGGCGGGAGGGCCGUGCUGAUUGACUUUGAUACCGCGAGGAAGUGUGAUCAUGCUGAUGAGCUGCGUCGGGAGAGCGAGAUGCUGGAGGCGGCGCUGCUGGAUGCGUCUGGACGGGGCGGGGGUGGGAUACUCUGUCGUGCUGGGACGGGUGGAGCAGAGUAG